AUGGAGAAUUUCCUAAGGUCAAAAGAAUACUGGCACUUGGUGGAAAAAGGUGUACCAGAAGUACCUGCUGAAAAGGCAAUCACAGAGGAGCAGCAGUGCCAAAUAGAUGAACAGAAGCUAAAGGACCUGAAGGUGAAGAAUUAUUUCUUCCAAGCCUUGGAUCGAUCCAUUCUUGAGACAAUCCUCAAGAAAGACACGUCCAAGGACAUAUGGGACUCUGUAAAGCAGAAGUAUCAAGGUUCAACGUGCGUUAAGAGAGCGCAACUCCAGGCUUUGAGGAAGGAAUUUGAGACACUUCACAUGAAGACUGGAGAGACGGUGAAUGAAUACUUUGCACGAACACUUACGAUUGCAAACAAGAUGAAGGCCAACGGUGAAAACAAAGGCGACACAGCAGUGGUGGAGAAAAUUCUACGAUCUAUGACUCCGAAAUUCAAUUACGUGGUCUGCUCCAUUGAGGAAGCACAGGACACCAGUAACAUAUCUAUAAAUGAACUGCAAAGCAGUUUGCUCGUGCAUGAGCAAAGAAUGAGCAGCUUGGACGAGGAACAAGCCUUGAAGGUGACUCACGAGGGGAUUGCAAAUCAAGGCCGAGGUCGUGAGGCUAUCGAGGACGAGGACGUGGACGCGGAAGGACAAACUUUGACAAAUCCACUGUCGAGUGCUACAACUGCCAUAAGUUAG